AUGGUCGGCGGCAUGUCACCGCCGCGGCGGACGCUGUCAAUGGGGAGCGGCGGCACCAUGGGGCGCCGCGCGGCGGCCGCCGCCGUGAUGAGCGACAGCCCCAAGCCCGGGCUGUCCCGAUCGAUGACCAUGGGCGGCGAGCGCACGGUGAAGCGGCUCCGGCUGUCCCGGGCGCUGACGGUCCCCGAGAGCACCACCGUGCUGGAGGUGUGCCGCCGGAUGACCGCGCGCAGGGCCGACGCCGCGCUGCUCACGGACUCCAAUGCGCUGCUCUGCGGCAUCCUCACCGACAAGGGUGAUCGCGCGCGAGCUCAAGAUCGACGAGACGCCGGUGUGGAAGGCAAGUUCAGGCACCUGCCGGUGGUGGAUAACGGCGAGGUGGUGGCCAUGCUGGACAUCGCCAAGUGCCUCUACGACGCCAUUGCCAGGAUGGAGAGGGCGUCCGAGAAGGGGAAGGCGGCGAUCGCCAACGUGGCGACUGGCGACGACAAGUACUCCAUUGUCGAAGCUCUCAAGGAGCAAAUGUUCAGGCCCUGCUUGUCUGCCAUUGCAAACGAAGACUCAACAGUCGUCAUGGUGUCACCUGGUGAUUCGGUUCUUUCUGCGACCAAGAAGAUGGUGGAAGUGCAUGCGAGCUCAGCUGUAGUGGCUGUGGGGAGCAAGGCUCAAGGCAUCCUGACUUCAAGGGAUAUCUUGAUGCGUGUGAUCGCCAAGAACCUGUCUGCGGACGCGACUCCAGUUGAGAAGGUUAUGACUCCUGACCCUGAAUGUGCCACGGUUGACAUGCCUAUACUGGACGCCCUACGAACCAUGCAAGAGCGCAAGUUCCUGCAUCUUCCAGUGAUGGACAGAGACGGCUCAAUCAUUUCAAUUAUUGACGUCAUCGACAUCGCACAUGCCGCGAUCUCCAUCGUGGAGAGCAGUGGCGGCGACGACAUGGGGAGCGACGAUGCGGCAGCCUCCAUGAUCCAGAGGUUCUGGGACUCCGCCAUGGCUUUGGGUCCCCUGGACGAUGAGACGGACAGCCAGUCCCAGAUGAGCGAGGCGUCGAGGUCGCAGAUGAUGUCUGAUGUUCACCACGAUUCUGUGGGCGGCAGCGAGGCGGGGUUCCCGUCCUCCUUCUCCUUCAAGCUCCAGGACAGGCGAGGACGGAUGCACCGCUUCAGCUGUGAGGUCCAGAGCUUGACGCCGCUGGUGACCUGCAUCCUGCGGAGGCUCGGCGCCGACAUCGACCCUGACCGACUUCCGCAAAUCCUGUACGAAGACGAGGACCGGGACAAGGUGGUGCUGGCGUCGGACGACGACCUCGCGGCGGCGGUGGACCACGCCAGGCUCGCCGGAUGGAAGGGUCUGAAGCUGUUCCUGGACUACUCCGGCACCACCGGCCGUAGGAAAGCGGUGGCCUCCUCCAGCGGCGCUGCCAUGGCGGUGGGCAUGUCCAGCCGGGACGCGUGGGCGGCGGCGUACAGCGGGGUCGCCGCUGGGGCUGCCCUUGUCACUGGGAUCGGCGUCAUGGCGUAUCUGCGAAGAUCCUCCUAG